AAAAAAAACCAAGCUCCCCAAACUCAAAAAUGGAGCUGCCGAAGAGAAAUAAAGCAACCAAGACCUCGGCUGAGUCAAGGGCGCUCAAAUUCCGGGCUAGAAGGCGGAGGGCAUGGUAAACCAUCACGAGAAAGAACAAAAACCAGGGAAGAAGGAGGACGAUCAAUCCAAACCUCCGGGCACUUCUUCCGCACAACUAGCGAGGCCACCAAGUCGGCAGCAGAAUUCGCUUCUCUGGGAAUCCAAAACCAAGCACACCUUUGAACCAAGAUUCAAGGAGAAUGGGGACAUGAGGGAUGCGCUUCGUCAACUCCACCGCUGCCAAAGCAGCUCUAGCUUCAGCCUCCAGGGAGGAGCCAGACAAACAAACCCGCGUAGAGCCAUCGAUAAGGGAGCCAUGACUGUCCCUAGCUAAAGCGCAAACACCAGUAAGGUUUGUCUCCUUAACCCAAGCAGCAUCGAUAUUGAUCUUAACAUGUCCAGGUGGGGGGGGGGGGUGUUCCAGGAAUGAGGGUGGUGAGAAUUUGGAGUGAUGGUUCUGAUUUGUGGGCGAAGAUGAAAGCGGAGGUUGUGAUGGGGAAUGGGGUGUGGAGUAGCAUUAGGAGCAGAGGUUGGGUUUGGUGAAUGGGAGGCUAUAAUUUGGGGAUGAUGAUGGAGGUUCGGAUUUUGUGGAGGGAGAGCCAAAUGCUGAGGGUAGGGGGUUUGAAUAUGGUUGAAGUGACUGUGAGAUGAUAAUGGAGGGGCCAGGUUUGGAUGAGGAGCUUGGACUGCUCCCGUAUGAGUGGUGCUAUCAGUAAUAGAAAGGGGAGACAGGGAAGUGGGGAGAUGAUACGAAGAAGAAGGGGGAAAAGCAAUACGUACCUGAGCAUGAUGAGUUUCUGUUGGAAGUGCAAUCACAGGACUGACAUUGUGGUGUUUGCAGGUUAUAUAUUCAAAAGCAGCCGAACCCGCCUUUCUUGCAACAGAGAUUGGAUCAACAGGGAUUGCGUCAUACACAAAGGCAUUCCUAGCCUUCCAGAUUUCCCAAAGAAGAAUCUAUUAUUGGCUGGCACUGAUACAUCGGCAGUGACAUUAGAAUGGGCCAUGUCUGGUUUGCUAAACCAUCCGGAUACGUUAGAUAAGGCUAGAGCUGAACUGGAUGCUCAACUUGGUCAAGAAUGCUUAGUAGACGAACAAGACAUUUCUAAGCUUCCGUACCUACAAAGUAUUAUCUCCGAGACUCUUCGAUUGUAUCCAGCGGCACCAAUGCUAUUACCACAUUUUGCAUCAGAGAAUUGCAUUGUAGGUGGAUUUGAUAUACCACGUGACACAUUGAUAUUGGUCAAUGCAUGGGCCAUACAUAGAGACCCGAAGUUGUGGGAUGAUUCAGAAAGCUUCAAACCUGAGAGGUUUGAAAUCGGCAGUAAGGACGAGGCACACAAAUAUAUGCCAUUUGGAAUGGGAAGAAGGGCUUGCCCCGGAGUAGGAUUGGCCCAACAUGAGGUAGACUUGACUUUGGCUUCAUUGAUUCAAUGCUUUGAGUGGAAGAGGAUCAGUAAGGAGGAGGUUGAUAUGACUGAAGGGACAGGACUCACCAUGCCUAAACUAGUGCCAUUUGAGGUCAUGUACAAACCAUGCUCCUUUUUUAACAAGGUUUUCCAUUGAUCAGUGGACAAUUUUUAUACUAAAAUGUAUUAUUAAACAUCAUUAAGUUAUGGGUGGUUGGUUAUUUAGAAUAAUUAUCAUUGUAGACAUUUGUGAGGUAGGUGAGAUAGGGAAAAUAUUGUUGAUUCUACUAAAUAAAUGUAUUAAUAAAUUAUAAGCUAUAUAAAUUGUGUACAAUAUCGUACUACUAUUGUU